UUUAAAGGCAUUCACGGUGUAUUCAAGAGGCCUUUUUCUCUCUCAUCUGCCUCAGGAAGAAGGAAGAAAAGCCGCCGAGUAAGAACAACAAAUCGGACACAGCAAUAAUAGAAAAAAAUGAAACCAAAAAUUGAAUUAAUCUGAUAAAAUUUUUCCCUCUUUUUUUUUUAUUCUUUUUUCUUUUUGGUGUAUUGUGUAUUGUAAUCGUGUUCACCGUAAAAGGAAAAUAUUGGGAAUUGGGAGUUGCAGGUGUUGGUGGGCAUUUUUGAUUCAUCAAUAUUUCCGAUCAUUCAGUUGAUUUUACGGGAAUAGAGAAGGAACCCGAUUCUGGGCGUCAAGGGUUUUCAAGGGUUAUGAUCGCAUGGCUGCCUCGAAGAUCUGAUUGCCAUGUUGAAUUCUGAUUCAAGGCUGUUGUUUACCUUCAACAAUUCAUUUGGAGGCAUCGUGGAAACACUAACCCUAUGAUUUGCAGUUUAGAGUUUGAAUAAUCUUCUGAAAUAGGUUUCGGAGUAGAAGUAAGGAUUGGAUUAAGGGCUUCUGUGUGGCAGCUUCAAGAAUUUAGGACUAUGGUUGAUGGGUCUUGAUCAUUUGAGUUUUUCUGAUUGGCAAUUUGUUCUGGACUUGCAUUUGGAGUUAUAUGUGCAAUCAGUUAUAAUUUAGGGGUUUUAAUUUGUUUCUUGUUGGUGUUACUUUUCAUUUUCUGGGAUUUGGUCUUAAGAGUGGCAAAUGAGCAUUUCAGAAUGAGUGGGGCAGGAGGAUUACUUGUCAAUGGAUGCCCCGGACAAGACAUUCUCUGAUAUAGUUGGCAUCGUGAAAUCCUGGAUCCCUUGGCGGGCUGAACCAGCUAAUGUGUCAAGGGACUUUUGGAUGCCUGAUCAUAGCUGUAGGGUAUGCUACGAGUGUGAUUCACAGUUUACAAUAUUUAACCGUAGACACCAUUGUCGACACUGUGGACGGGUGUUCUGUGCCUGGUGUACAACAAACUCAGUCCCUGCACCCUCUUCUGAUCCAAGGAUUCCUAGGGAAGAGUGUGAGAAGAUUCGGGUCUGUAAUUUCUGUUUCAAGCAAUGGGAGCAGGGCAUAGCCACUCUUGAUAAUGGGAUCCAGGUUCCCAGCCUGGAUUUCAGUACUCCAUCAUCAGCAACAAGUGUGGUUAGCCCUAAAUCUACUGAAACCGGUAACAGUAGUUGCAUUACACUUGGUUCAAUGCCAUACCCAGUUGGACCUUAUCAACGUGUUCCUUACAAUUCAAGUCUCAGCCCACGUCAAUCAGCACUAACAGAAACAAGCAUAGAUAGGCAAGGCAUAGACAUGGUAGCAUCCACAAGGAGCAACAAUCCCAUUGCAAGCAUGGGGGACCCGUCUCCAAAUCAAUUUGGAUAUUGCAUGAACAGGAGUGAUGACGAGGAUGAUGAAUAUGGUGUUUAUCGCUUAGAUUCUGGAACAAGCCAUUUUCCUCAGGCGAAUGAUUUCUAUAGUCAAGUUGACUUUGAUGAGAUUGAUAAUGACUAUGGUUCACAUAAAUUUCAUCCUGAUGGAGAAGAUUCCAACACAAAAAGUUUGAGCAGCUCUCCAUUGCACCAUAGUUGUGAUUCACAGGGUUUGGAAGGAAACCAAGAGGUGGGGAAAAAGGAAGAUGAACAUGAUAUUGGAGAUGAGUGCGAAGCACCUUCCUCUUUCUAUGCUGCAGAGGAUGUUGACUCAGAACCUGUAGAUUUUGAAAAUAAUGGACUUCUCUGGCUCCCCCCUGAACCGGAAGAUGAAGAAGAUGAAAGGGAACUUAGGGAAGCUCUCCUCUUUGAUGAUGACGAUGAUGGGGAUGCAACAGGAGAGUGGGGCUAUUUACAACCUUCCAGCAGUUUUGGAAGUGGGGAAUAUCGCAAUAGGGACAGAUCUACUGAGGAGCACAAGAAAGCUAUGAAGAACGUAGUUGAUGGGCAUUUUAGGGCUUUGGUAGCUCAGCUAUUGCAAGUUGAGAAUCUUCCUGUAGGUGAGGAAGAUGAUGGAGAGAGCUGGUUGGAGAUAAUUACAUCAUUGUCCUGGGAAGCUGCUACACUUUUAAAGCCUGACAUGAGCAAAAGUGCAGGAAUGGACCCAGGAGGAUAUGUGAAGGUGAAAUGCCUGGCUUCUGGGAGGCGCUGUGAGAGUAUGGUCAUCAAAGGAGUUGUUUGUAAGAAAAAUAUAGCUCAUCGAAGAAUGACAUCAAAAAUAGAGAAACCACGCUUGUUGAUCCUUGGAGGAGCUCUUGAGUACCAGCGGGUUUCCAACCUCUUGUCAAGUUUUGAUACUUUGUUGCAACAGGAAAUGGACCAUUUGAAGAUGGCAGUUGCAAAGAUAGAUGUUCACCACCCUGAUGUCCUUCUAGUUGAGAAAUCAGUUUCUCGAUUCGCACAAGAUUACCUUCUCGCAAAAGACAUCUCACUUGUUCUUAAUAUCAAGAGGCCACUUUUGGAGCGAAUAGCCCGAUGCACAGGUGCUCAAAUUGUCCCUUCGAUCGAUCAUCUCUCAUCACAGAAGUUGGGGUACUGUGACAUGUUCCAUGUGGAAAAGUUUGAGGAAGAGCAUGGCACUGCUCGACAGGGUGGGAAGAACUUGGUGAAGACAUUGAUGUAUUUUGAAGGCUGCCCAAAGCCAUUGGGUUGUACUAUUUUACUUAGGGGUGCUAAUAGGGAUGAAUUGAAGAAAGUGAAGCAUGUAAUCCAAUAUGGAAUUUUUGCUGCCUAUCACUUGGCUUUGGAGACGUCUUUUCUUGCUGAUGAAGGAGCCUCUCUUCCAGAACUCCCAUUGAAUUCUCCUAUAAAUGUGGCACUUCCAGAUAAACCAUUAAGUAUUGACAGGUCCAUUUCAAUGGUACCUGGUUUUACUGCGCUUCCUAGUGAAAGGCAACAGGAAUCUCAGCCUAGUGAUGAUGCACAAAAAUCCAACAGUGUCCCUCCACUGAUGAAUGCCACAUUUCUCCAAAUGGAAAUGGCAUCAUCACCUAGUUUACCUAAUGGUCCCAGCAUGCAAUACACACAACCUAUUUCAAGCUCCAUUAAUUCUACUGAUUUCUCCUUCAUUCCUUCUUCAAAGCAAGAAGUUUCAGAUUCUUACCAUAGUAAUAUCCUUCCUUAUCAUGCAUUUGUGGAAAAUAAAAUGGAUUCCUCAGAAUCAUUAGAGGUGAGGGAUUUUGCAACCAAUGCUGGUGAAGCAUUUAUGUAUAAUCAUCUCAGUUUUAGAGGUUAUGGGUCUCUAGAGACAAUGGGAGAAGGUGGUGUUGCCAACAAUGGCCAAAAUUAUUAUGAUGCAACUGUUACAAAUCAGCUAGGUACCUCAGAGAUGAUAUCCUUGCAACAAGAUAUUAAAAACCAUCAUGGGGAGCCAGGAUCAUCAAAAGAAGAAUUUCCUCCAUCACCUUCUGACCAUCAGAGCAUUUUGGUUUCCUUGUCGUCACGGUGUGUGUGGAAGGGGACUGUCUGUGAAAGGUCCCAUCUCUUUCGCAUCAAAUACUAUGGCAACUUUGAUAAACCUUUGGGGCGGUUUCUACGAGACCAUUUAUUUGAUCAGAGUUUCCGGUGCCGAUCUUGCGAGAUGCCAUCAGAAGCACAUGUUCAUUGUUAUACUCAUAGACAAGGCACCCUCACAAUUUCCGUUAAAAAACUGCCAGAAUUUCUCUUACCAGGUGAAAGGGAAGGAAAGAUCUGGAUGUGGCACAGGUGCUUGCGGUGUCCACGAAAUAAUGGUUUUCCUCCAGCAACCCGAAGAAUAGUGAUGUCUGACGCUGCUUGGGGUUUAUCUUUUGGGAAAUUUUUGGAGCUCAGUUUUUCAAACCAUGCAGCUGCAAGCAGGGUGGCUAGUUGUGGUCAUUCCCUACACAGAGAUUGUCUUCGGUUCUAUGGAUUUGGGAAGAUGGUUGCUUGCUUUCGCUAUGCAUCGAUCGAUGUUCAUUCAGUCUACCUUCCUCCUGCAAAACUUGAAUUCAACUAUGAGAAUCAAGAGUGGAUACAAAAAGAAACAAAUGAGGUGGUUGACCGGGCAGAACUACUAUUUUCUGAAGUAUGCAAUGCUCUCCAUCGGAUUUCAGAGAAAGGACAUGGGAUGGGGUUGAUUACGGAGUCAAGACACCAAAUUGCUGAACUAGAAGGCAUGCUACAAAAGGAGAAGGCAGAGUUCGAGGAAUCACUCCAGAAAGCCGUUAGUAGGGAAGCUAAAAAGGGCCAACCGCUUGUUGAUAUUCUCGAAAUCAAUAGACUACGAAGGCAGCUACUCUUUCAAUCUUAUGUGUGGGACCACCGCUUGAUCUAUGCAGCUAGUUUAGACAAAAAUAGUAUUGUGGAUAAUGUCAGUGUAUCCAUUUCAGAACAUGAGGAGAAACCCCAAGCUACUAGUGACAAGCUUAUUGACAUAAACAGGCCUAUUAAUCCAGGCAAGGGCUUUAGUAGUUGUGACUCUCUUCUUGUGGAUGCAAAGCUCAAUAAGGGCCCUAAUCAAGGAGGGGGGAUUAGUAGCCAAUCUAGCCAGCAUGACACUGUUUAUCAAGGAACAGACAUGGUUCAAGAUUCAAAUCAUAAGGAAGAAGACCAAGGUAAUCUUCCUGCAAGCAGCAACGUCUGUGAUCAGCCUGAUCCUCUGGAAUCUGGGGUAGUUGUUCGCAGGGCCCUCUCUGAUGGGCAGUUCCCAAUUGCAGAGGAUUUGUCACACACCCUUGAUGCUAAAUGGACAGGAGAAAAUCACCCAGGAACUGGAGCACCCAAGGAUAAUACCUGUGCACUUCCUGAUUUAGCCUUGGCAGAUUCUUCAACUGCAUUAGUUGUGCCAGAAAAGUUGGAGUUGGAGGACCAUACAGAAGAGCGGACUGGGCUCAAGGUAACCCUUUCUUUUUCAUCACUGUUACCUGCCAAGGGCCAAGAUACCAUUGAGGACUCAGCCAGCUGGUCAGGAAUGUCCUUUCUAAACUUCUAUCGAGCAUUCAACAAGAAUUUUUUGGGGAGUGCUCAAAAGCUUGAUACACUUGGUGAGUAUAACCCCGUCUAUGUCUCAUCAUUUCGGGAGUUGGAACUGCAAGGUGGGGCUAGGCUACUUCUCCCUGUUGGUGUUAAUGAUACUGUCAUUCCGGUUUAUGAUGAUGAGCCCACAAGUAUUAUAUGUUAUGCACUGGUUUCACCACAAUAUCAUGCCCAAUUGUUGGAUGAGUGGGAAAGGCCAAAAGACGGUGGAGAACCUAUGAGUUCCUCGUCACUUUCUGAGUCAGUGAAUUUGCAGUCAUUCCUUUCUUUUGAUGAAACAGUCUCUGAAUCUUUUAAAAAUUUUAGUUCAAUAGAUGACAGCUUUUUAUCCAUGUCUGGAUCACGUAGCUCCCUGGUUCCGGACCCAUUCUCAUACACAAAGGCUUUGCAUGCCAGAGUUUUCUUUUCAGAUGAUAGCCCUCUUGGUAAGGUGAAGUAUACCGUGACUUGCUACUAUGCAAAGCGGUUUGAAGCCUUAAGAAGAAUUUGUUGCCCGUCAGAGCUGGAUUUCUUGAGGUCCCUUUGUCGUUGUAAGAAGUGGGGGGCGCAGGGAGGAAAGAGCAAUGUUUUCUUUGCAAAAUCCUUGGAUGAACGGUUUAUCAUUAAACAGGUUACAAAGACAGAGCUGGAAUCAUUUAUAAAGUUUGCUCCUGCAUAUUUCAAGUACCUAUCUGAAUCAAUCAGCACGGGAAGUCCAACAUGCUUGGCAAAGAUUCUGGGGAUUUACCAGGUUACGUCCAAGCAUCUGAAAGGAGGGAAGGAAUCAAGGAUGGAUCUUCUGGUUAUGGAGAAUCUUCUGUUUGAAAGGACUGUGACGAGGCUUUAUGAUCUCAAAGGGUCUUCUCGAUCACGCUAUAAUGCAGAUUCUAGCGGGAACAAUAAAGUUCUGCUGGAUCAGAACUUAAUUGAAGCAAUGCCAACUUCUCCCAUUUUUGUGGGGAACAAGGCAAAGAGGGUGUUGGAGAGAGCUGUCUGGAAUGAUACUUCUUUUCUUGCAUCUGUUGAUGUGAUGGAUUACUCAUUACUGGUUGGGGUGGACGAGGAGAAGCAUGAGCUAGUUCUCGGGAUCAUCGACUUCAUGAGGCAGUAUACAUGGGACAAGCACCUCGAAACUUGGGUGAAGGCUUCAGGCAUCCUUGGUGGGCCCAGGAACUCAACUCCUACUGUAAUUUCACCCAAGCAAUACAAGAAAAGGUUCAGGAAGGCCAUGACCACCUAUUUUUUGAUGGUCCCAGAUCAAUGGUCACCUGCUACUCUAAUUCCAAGUAAAUCACAGUCCGAAUUAUGCGAAGAGAACACACAAGGUGGGACCUCCGUCUAGUUUACUGUGAAAUUAUGUGCUUGUACAUGUAGUACAUUGUUUUUUUCUUCCAUGUAUUCCCCCUUCUCCACACUGCAAUUCUUUUGGAUAGCAGUUUCAUUUGUAUUCUUGUUAAAAAUAGAAAUUCAAGAUUAUUUGUUAGAAAGAUGCGGAACAAGGCUGUUCAAGCCAAAGAAUUCUUCUGGGGGUAUGAUAUUGGAUGACCUCUGCACGAAAUCUUUGUACAAAAAUAUUUUUGAUGUAUCUAGAAUUCCAAUAUGUAUAUGUAAUCCAUGUGCAUUCUUUGUGCUUCAUAUUUGAAGUUUUGAUGUCAACUUCCAAUACAAUCUCCUUCCUUCUCUA